CAAAGACUAAAUAAUGGCUCAGAUCUAAUCAAUAAAAAGAAAAAGAAAACAGAAGAAGGUAUUCCUAUAAAUCAAAGAAAUCAGCUCUGUGAAAGCUUUCUUCCAUCUUUCUCACAUUUUACACUUGUAUAAAUCUAAGUAUAAUAUAUGCUCAUGGCAUUAAUCUUUUAAAUAAACUUCGAAGCUGUUCUAAAUCGGGAAAUUCAGCUCAGGGACGAUCUUGAAAUCACGUGCAGAGAAAUAUGUCACUCGACAUCCGAGAGUGGGUGCAAUCCCAUUUGCCUAAGAAUGAUGCUUUGGGCUUUUCCAGUUUCCUUGUUGACAGCUUGAAGGAGCUCUUGUCUUUCCAUUCUGGUUCACUUGCAUCUGUAAAGGACCAACUUGAGGUGUUCUAUGAGGAGCUUGAGUCUUUGCAACCUUUUCUGAAGGGUGUAGCAGAACAAGGCAAUAAUGAACAUGACGAAAUUAUUCACAAUUUUGCUGAAAGAGUCAUUGAUAAGGCAUAUGAGGUUGAGUAUAUAAUUGAUUCUUUUGUAGUUGGAGAUGUUCCUUUGACUUAUCUUACAGAGUGGCUCUCAGAAAUCAUACGGGAGAUUAAGCUUAUCAGGGCAGAGUUGACCAGAUAUAGGGAAAAGAAAAUGACAUUUGCCUCCCCUGCUAGUAAUGAAGAACUGGUGGGUUUUGACGAUGUCAGAGAAACUAUAAUGGGUCGACUGCUUAGAGGAUCACGAGAGCUGGAUGUUGUUUCCAUCGUUGGUAUGGCUGGAUCUGGUAAAACAACCCUUGCCCGAAGUCUUAAAAAUGAUCCGAUUAUUGUUUCUCAUUUCGAUAUCCAGGCAGAGUGUCGUGUUACUCAGGUAUACACGCGUAAAGACCUGCUACUUUCUAUUUUGAGUAAUAUUGCUUAUUAUGAGCCUUCUGAACUUAGUAAAGGAGAUGAUUAUGAAUUAGCUGAUAGACUAAGAAAAACUUUAUUCACAAAGAGAUACCUUUUAAUCAUUGACGAUGUGUGGGAUGUAAAAGCAUGGGAUCAUUUGUGGUUAUGCUUUCGUGAUACUAAUAAUGGUAGCAGAAUCAUUUUGACCACCAGACUUCAAGAAGUUGUUGAUUAUGCUAAAUGUGUUUCUGAACCCCAUCACCUGCGGCUUUUGAGCGAGCAAGAAUGUUGGUUGUUACUACAGAAGAAGGUAUUCGGGAAAGAAAUCUGCUCUCAAGAGCUAAAGGAAGUAGGGCAACAAAUAGCCAAAAAGUGUAAAGGACUACCACUUUAUGUUGUUUUAGUGGCUGGUCUUCUAGGACGCAUAGAUAAGACAAAACAAUGGUGGAAGCGAGUGGAAUUAAGGUUUGGUGAACUUAUCCAGGUUGAAGCAAAUGCGUUAGUAAAACUAAGUUACAAUCAUUUACCUGAUAUACUGAAACCAUGCCUUCUAUAUUUUGGAGCGAUUUCGGAGGGCAAGGAGAUUUCAGUUGCAAAAUUAACAAGCUUAUGGAUCGCGGAGGGAUUCAUAAAAAAUGUCAGAGAGAAGCACUUGGAGGACAUUGCAGAACAUUACUUAGAGGAUUUGAUCAGAAGAAGCCUCGUCAUGGUAGUUAAGAGAUCAAAUAGGAAGUUAAAAGCAUGUCGUCUGCACGAUCAAGUGCUCGAGUUCUGCAAGGCAAAAGCUAAGGAAGAUAAUUUCCUACUGGGCCUCAAAAGAAACUACAUUGCCAAUCCUCCACAAUUUUUUUCUGAGAAGUCUUCGCACCGCCGCUUAUCAUUUUGUUCUAAUGGAGAUGGUGAACUUACUGAUUGGAGGCCAUCAUGCUUGCACGCUCGUACGGUAUUAUUCGGAGAGGUCAAGAAUGGUACCUUACCUUCACUGGAACAUGCCUCAAUAAUCUUUGGCAGCUUCAAGUUUCUUAGGGUGUUGGAUUUGGAGUUCGUUGUUGUGGAAUCUUUUCCCACUGAACUUAACCAUCUAAGGUACCUCGCUGUUCAAACUACUGCGGAUUCUAUCCCGUCAUCUAUUGAAAAUCUUCCGAAUCUUCAGACUUUCAUAGCCAAAAGAACUAGAGGACAACAGAUACAUUUGCCAAAUAAUUUUUGGAAGUUGAUUAAGUUGAGACAUGCAAGCAUUAGUGAUAGAGCUUCAUUUAAUUUGCACAACGCACAAGAAUCUCUUGAUGUGAGCACCUCAAAACUGGAGAAUUUGGCAACACUUUGCUAUCCAUAUGUUUCCAGUGCGGAAGAUAUGGAGAGGAUAGUGAGCAAAACACCCAAUCUUCAAAAGUUAAAAUGUGUCUUUGCGGAUUCAUGGGGUUGGAAAAAGAAUGAAAAUGGAUUCCCUGUAUUACACUCCUUACAUCGACUUGAAACGCUAAAGGUGCACUUCUUCAAUUUUCCAAAAGUAGGUCCUUCAAGAUUAAACUUUCCAAUGAAUCUGAAGAAAUUGACAUUAAGUAAUUUUCCUCUGCCGCAUGCUGAAAUUUCAACCAUUGCCAAACUUCCCAACCUUGAGAUACUUAAACUGCAACAAGUUGCUUUUGAAAGGGAGGAAUGGGAGGUGAGAGAUGAAGAUUUCCCUCAGCUCAAGUUGUUGAAGCUAGAAAACCUCAAACUCUCAAAGUGGAGAGCAUCUGAUGAAGUCUUUCAGAGCCUUAGGCGAUUGGUCGUAACAAGAUGUUUAAAACUCGAAGCACUCCCUCUUUGUUUCGCGGAUUUGUGUAGUUUGGAGUGGAUAGAGGUAAAGUCAUGCAAUCAAUCUGUUGCCGACUCAGUCAUGGCUAUCCGAAAUACACAGGUUGAAGAUUGUGGGAAUGAUGAUUUCAAAGUUUCUAUUGAGCUUUGAAAUAAUGAGGCUACAGAUCCGCAGCCUUAAGUUUAUUUCAAGUCCAAUGGCAGCUUUUCUUUGUUUUCGCUGUUUACUUGUUUAGUGUUGGCUGUCCCGGUCUCGGGGUUCAGUUGCUGCUGCUUAAUGCUACUCAGUUUAACUACUUCGUUGUACUUUUGUAACAUGUGAAUGUACCUAAUCUUAUGACCUUUUAAAAAAAAAGAUAAAUUAUGACUUUAUUUC